AUGUUGGUUGGUAUGGGGGUGUAUCUUGUCGGAGAUUUAGUUUAUACAUUAUAUUAUAUUUUAUUGUUUGUAUUUUUUGUUCACAAAUUAUUCAAUUCUGUUGUAGUUGUUGUCGUCAUUUAUCGUUUACAUUUACUUUUAUGUUUGAAGAAGAAUAUUCAGUCUCUUAUUUCACUGCCAUUUUCCACAAUUAUAACACCCCCCUUUUUUGAGGUGUUUUUGUUUUUUUUUUUUUUCGUUCUAUUUUCUUCUAACCAUAAUUGUUCAUUUUCCAAUCUUCCAAUCUUCCAAUCUUCCAAUCUUCCAAUCUUCUAA